AUGAGCGAGCACACGUCAUCUGCCUCAAACAGCAGCCAUAGCAGGACCGUCGGCGAGGAAGGGGGCGAGUGCAUGUCGCUUCCGCAGGAAGAGGAGGCAGCUCUGGACGACGAGGUGGUUGCCUGGGUGCCAGACGAGGUUGAGUUUAUCGCAGCCCGUCGCCGCGUCGCCAUCGUGAACUGUGACUGGGAUCACGUGCGUGCCGUCGACCUCUACGCCAUUCUUUUCCACGCCCUCCCACUUGGCGGUCAACUGCUCGACGUGAGCGUUUACAGAAGUGAGUUUGGUAAGCGCAUGCUGGAGCACGAGAGGAUGCACGGCCCCGACCUGUGGGUGCACGACGGCGAUGUGGACGUCGCUGCUGGUGGCGAGGGUGGCGCCGAGGAGGGCAGCGGUGGCGCGAUGCCAGAGGUGGAGGAGCUGCCAGAGGACGUAUCUGAAGACGCCGUCAGCGAACCCCGCAGCGACGGCUGGGCGGACGAUGACCCGAGAAUGAUGACGGAGCAAGGCGAAGACGGGGAGUGGUUCUCUGAUGGCAAGUACCGGCGGUACGAGAUGGACCGCAUGAAGUACUACUACGCCGUGGCCACCUUCGACUCCCCCGACACCGCUGCCAUGGUGUACAACGAACUCGACGGGAUGGACAUCGAGGCGAGCGGUGUCGUACUGGACCUCCGCUACGUCGAUGACGAAGAAACGUUCGAGAGCCCGGUUAGCCGCGCGGAUCGAAUCCCGGCAAACUUCAAACCACUGGCGUCCUUCAAGAUGAGUGCCCUAAGCCAGAGCAAGUUCCGCAUUUCAUGGGACCAAGACAACGUGUUCCGUCAUCAGUCCCUGCAAGACUCCUUCACCGGCACCACGGAGGAGGAUGACCUGGCCGCCUACCUCGCCCCGGCAGACUCGGACGACGAGGUGGACGGCAACCCGCUCGACAAGGAGAAGAAGGCACGCGAGAAGCGCAACAUUCGCCGUAGGUACGCCGCCCUGCUGGAGGAGGUGGGCGGCAUCCCCGAGGAACUGGAGGGCGAUCACAAAGGUGAUGGGCUCGGCGACCUCAGCAACAACGACAUGGACGACCUCGACGACAGCGGCGACGACGACUCCAUUAACCGCUUCAGCGAUGUUGAGGUGGACGGCGACGACGCUAACGAGGGAGGAGAUGGCGAGGAGGACGACGAGGGGUCCGUGGUGGGAGAGGUAGAGGCAACGCUUGACAUGGACGCCGACACGAAAGCUGUCAGUCUGCAGCGUGACGCGCGGCUGAGGCAGAAGAUGAAGGCCGCUGACCUCUCGAAGCAGGCAGAGCUCAAGUACAAGCUGCGCCGAAAGGAGAUGAAGAAGUCCAAGAAGGAUAUGCUGCGCCAGGAGCGGGAGGCGGGGAAGGCGUACCAGGCUGCGCACGAGGCCGAGGUUCGGCAGAAGCUGAGAGAGUUGAUGGGCACGGACGACGGCGCAGUGCGGGUGAGCGGUAAAGAGCGGCGCAAGGCACACGCGAAACAGGUGAAGGAGCGGCUUGUAGAGGAGCGUGCUGCCAAGAAGAAGAUGCGCGCCGCCAACCAGCUUGGCGUCACGCAGCAGGUGCAGCACACCCGGCGCGAGCAGGAGGCUCAGAAAGCAGUGGAGCAUAUUGACGAUCGCUUCAAGUCGAAGCUGCUCUCCGACCCGCGCUUUCAUUUGGAGGUCUCGCAGAAGGACAAGCGUGUCGCCGAUGACGUGGCGCAGUUUGCGUCAACAGUCGCGAAAGCGCGUCAAGGCAAGCGCGGGCGCUCUGACGGUGACGGAAAGCUCACCGCAGUCGACAGCUCGGUAGACGACACCGUCGAUUUCUUCUUGGCAAAGAAGAAGACGAAGGCCGUGAGGUAG